UCGCGUAUACAUGAAUGCAUGUUCCUUAACCCGUUCGAAUGUCCCGCCCGACGGCGACGUGUUCGCGCAGGAUGGUACACGCGAUGGGUGACGCAAUCGCGACUCGCGAGGAGCUUGCGCAAAUCGGCGAAACGGUCAGUACACACUGCACGGUGUGUGUUAUCACGCGUGUGCCACGGUGAAUCUCUUCGUUGUUCCGCCGUUUUUCCUCGAUCCUUCGAUCCUUCCCACUUUCUUACGAUGGCGAACGAGACGCGUCCGACCUGCGAGGCUGAGGCUGAGGCCGAGGCCGAGGCCGCGAAAACGGCGGAUCACCAGGUCUACAAGAUCCACAACCUGGACGACUUCAGCCGGAUCACCCGGGGAAUCAAGGUUGCGCGGUGCAUGCAGUCGCCGUCCUCCUACGUGCCUGACAGCGAGCAGAUAUUAUGCCAGCUGGUGGUGUCCGACUCCUUGUGUUGUUCCCACUGUAGUGCCGAGUUUGAGGACAAGGUGCAACAGAGGCUUCACUACAAGCUGGAUUGGCAUCGUUAUAAUCUCAAGCAACAUCUGAAUGGUUUGAAGUCGGUUAGCGAGGACAGCUUCAAUAGGUUGGCCGGCGAAGGCGACAUGUCUAGCCUGUCCGGUAGCGAGGUAGAGUCCGAGAACGAGGACGAUGCUGGUACUUCGGAGACUGGGACCUCGUCUAACGAGCAAACUAAGAACGAGCCGUCGAGUAAGACUGGACUUGGCAAGUCCAGAAAGGCGUCAGAAAGACGCGGGAGGAUAAUCGAGUCGGACAUUUCGGACACGGAGUACAACGAGGAAAUGUCCAAGGAGCGGAAGCUGCAGGUCGUUGCGAGUCGUCACACCAAGGUGUUUUUCGAGAACGACGACGGCAAUAUAUUCAGCAUCUAUCGGUGCCUGCUGCAUCACAAGAAGGACAUUCCUGAGAAAGACACCGAGAUGAUCGCUCAGGCGUUGGACAGUGGCAGAAAGACCAAAUGGACGGUUAUCAUGGUUGGCGGUGGACACUUUGCUGCGGCUGUAUUUGAGGAUGGUGAGGCUAUUGUGCACAAGACCUUCCACUCUUACACUGUGCGGGCAAAGCAAGGAUUCACUCAGAAUUCUCGUACGAAUGGUAAUCACGCGAAAAGCGCUGGUGCCAGUUUGCGAAGAUAUAACGAAGCAUCGCUUAUUCAGCAUGUGCAAGAGAUAUUGGAAUCAUGGUCGAUGCACAUCAACAAUUCAUCGGCUAUUUUGUACCGAGCGGUCGGUCCGCAUAAUCGCACGGUGCUCUUCGGUGGCAAAAAUCCUCCCUUAGAUAAGAACGAUUUUAGAAUAAGACCACUGCCAUUCCCUACUCGAAGAGCAACGUUUAGAGAAGUCAGGAGGGUAUACGACAUACUGAGCACUAUGGAGAUUUACGGCUCCGCGGCGGAUUUCACGGACUGUUUCCCCAAUUCUCCGCGACAGCCCGUACGUAAGAAGGUCUCGAAACCGGAGAUCAUGAGCGAGAUACCCGAGGGAGAAGUUGCCACCGAGUAUAAUCUUAAUGCCGGUAGUAACGGCAAUCCGCAAGAAAAUGAUAAGAUUAAAGCACCUGCGCAAUCUACCCCGGAGAAACAACAUCGGAAUUCCCGUCCACAUAUAGAUAGGGCGAAACCGAGGAAAAGUCCGAAUCGGCCACUGCCAGAUAUUAUUGUUAGGUUAGCUCAAUCGUCCUCCGAGUCUGAAAUGGAUACAAAUUUGCAAUUGGACAUCCCUUUAAUUGAAGAAGAUUUUGAGGUAUCGUUUAUGGAGAAUUUACAAGCGUUUCAAGAUACUGUGCCAAGAUACAUGAAGAACAAGAAAGCUCAUCGGCAGAAAAAGAAAGUGAAGAAAGACACUCAGAUGAACAAUGAAGUGCUGUCGGAUGCUAAAAGUAAAUUAUGGAGUGCCUGUAAGCGAGGCGAUAAUGAUCUGCUAUCAUCGGUCAUUGAUAACUUAUUAGCUAAAAUUAAGGAGUGCGAAGAGGAGCAGAACAAGAAAGAUAUCACGGACACUUGUGCCACAUCCAACAAUACUCUUGUGAACACGGACGACGUGGCGAAAUUAGUUAACGAUACCAACGAGGACGGUAAUACGGUGCUGCAUUUGGCGGCACUCGGUGGAUACCACGAGCAAGUAUGGCUACUACUAGAAAUCGGAUCUGAUCCUUGCAAUAAGAAUAAAAAACUACAGACCCCUUAUGUCGCUGCAAACGAUAAGAAGACUAGAAAUACGUUUAGAAGAUUUAUGGAAGCUAAUCCGGACAAGUUCAAUUAUCAGAAGUCUCAAAUACCCGGGCCACUCUCCGAUGAGAUAGAACAAGCGGAGACAGAGAAGAAAAGACAGCAGCGGAAGUUGAAGCGUUUUAAAGAGAAAGUUAAGAGGAAGGAGUUUGAAUUGAAGAAACAGGAGGAAAAUGAGAAGCAGAGGUUCCUUAAUCUCAGCGACAGAGAAAAGAGAGCAUUGGUCGCGCAGAACCGGAUGUUGAACGAAGGAUACACCGUGGUGUCGCGAUGCUUCCAGUGCGCCAUUGAUAUGACUGACAAGGUGCCUUUCGAGUACAACGCCAAUCGUUUCUGCUCAAUGCCGUGUCUCAAGGAGCACCGUCUUCACAAUAAAUAUGUUAUCUGAUGGUGCAUCAUGUCUAGCUAGGAAAACUUUUACGACAAUUACUCAUUCGUGACUGCGAUUGGCGAGAGGCUGCAUUUACAGGCAAUUUACUGUACAUGUAUAAAUCAUUUAUGCCGAAUUAUUCAUACAACUUCAUGUGGAAUUUGUUUUAUAAUAAUUUGAAUGUAGAAAGGAAUUUUCACAAUGUGAUCGUGUUUUCCUUCAGAAUAUUUUUUUAUGAUAAAGCACGAUAAUUCUCAGAAGGUAAGGAUGAGGAAGUCUUGAUUAAUUUUAAGAAAUACGAAGAAACUGAACCGUAAGAAAAUUAUGUGGCGCAUAAAGAAUUUCGACAAUGUGUACGAAGAUGUAGUGAUGUAAAAAGAUAAAUAAUAUGCUCGAAGGAUUUGAAAAAUUUUUUCAAGCUACAACAAUAGAUUUUAUAUUUCGAUCUAUAUAUAUGAUCGGAUGUACACAGAUGGCACAUUUUUUUUACAAAGUAUAAUGUCCCAGAUAGCAAAAUGGAAGUGUGUAAAAUCAUGCAAAUGUAUUGCUGAAAACAAUUUAUAUUACUGUUGCCACAAACAUUGCAUAAACAAUGAAUUAUAACUCCGUUCAGGAUUCAUGUUUUAUGAUGCCUUUGCAGCAAAGAUGUGUAAAUUGUUUCCAUCAAUAAUAUGUAAACUGUACAUCAAUGGAGUCUCCAGACGUAAACUUUUGCUGCAAAAAUUUAACAAAUAUCGAAUAAACCGUUGUUUGAAACAAAUUCAAUAUUGUUGUUGGAUAUUUGCGAACACAGUUUUACCGGCGCUUUACUUGAUACCGUUUUACUGAACUGCUUGAUACGCCACUCACGCCCAUUUUCAACGUUACAACUAUUUGACAUAUCCAUUUUCUCACACUGCCUGUGAAUAUUUUUAUUUUUCGUUGAAAAGUAUGCUAUUUUGAAAAUGAAUAUUAAAUUGUGAACAUAAAAUAUAAAUAAGCGAAUCGCAGCCUAUCAAAUGAUUAUGUACCCGAAAAGCAUGAUAUACUAUUUAUUAAAAAUGUAAUUUUAUAUAAUAUACUUUUGCGAUAUUAAUAGGUUUAAUUACUGUAUAUUGUACAUGUAAUAUUGAAAUUUAAUUGCAUAUUUUUAGUUAA